AGUAUUCCUUUGCUACAGGGUGCUCCCAACCAGAAGAUGAGGGAAAUGGAGGAUAAUGAAGCACGCCCCUCCCACCAAACAGGAUAAAUUCUAGAGGCACUGCGAGAUCAGGAAAUUAAGAUGUAUUUUUGUCCCACCCUAUUUUUACAGGUGAGGUAUCAAGUUGAGGUUACAGCUACUCGUAAUUUUCUUCUGGCCCAACUGAAAGGUAUCAUAGAAAAUAAGAGAAAGCUGUGUGUGCGUGAAAGGGAUCCGCCUUCCUCUCUGAAGAAAAGCGUGGUGGUAGCUUCGGAAACGCUUUUCGAGCCAACUCUGCAGCUCGGCUGGCGGCGGCGGCUGCGGUAACGUCAGUUCCUUGCGGAGGCGGCGCCAGGCGGGGUCGGCGGGAGCUCGGGGGAGGCCGCGGGGAGCGGGCUGGGCCCCGCGGGAGAGCAGAGCUUCGGCCGUCGCACCCGCAGGACAGCAGGGCCUGCUUCCACUCUAAGGCGAGACCAGAAACUUGCCUAGUGGGGCAAUUCUGGUGCCCCAUCAGGGCUGUGCGCCCUCUGAGAUCAUCCCUCAAUCAAACGAAUAGGAAUUCUUGGGAAGAAAGAAAAAUUUUGCGGCAAUUUGGCUAAAACUUAGCAGCUUUCAGGGAGCGAUUCAGGGCAUUAUCUCUGUGGUUCCCUCGGCGAAAAAAGACUCGAAGGGCUACUGGAAGCCGCCUGGCCCCACAGAGCUGCAGCGCCCAGGCCAUAGAGUAAUCAAGUCAGAGGAUUGUAUGACUUCUAUCUGCCUAGAGAAGAACUAUGGAUCUACAACAUGGAGACUGGAAGAUGGAAAAAAAUCAACACUGAAGGUGAUGUUCCUCCUUCUAUGUCAGGAAGCUGUGCUGUGUGUGUAGACAGGGUGCUGUACUUGUUUGGAGGACACCAUUCAAGAGGCAAUACCAAUAAGUUCUACAUGCUGGAUUCAAGGUCUACAGACAGAGUGUUACAAUGGGAAAGAAUUGAUUGCCAAGGAGUUCCUCCAUCAUCAAAGGACAAACUUGGUGUCUGGGUAUAUAAAAACAAGUUAAUAUUUUUUGGAGGGUAUGGAUAUUUGCCAGAAGAUAAAGUAUUGGGAACUUUUGAAUUUGAUGAAACAUCUUUUUGGAAUUCCAGUCAUCCAAGAGGAUGGAAUGAUCAUGUACAUAUUUUAGAUACUGAAACUUUUACCUGGAGCCAGCCUCUAACUACAGGUAAAGCACCUUCACCUCGUGCUGCCCAUGCCUGCGCAACUAUCGGAAACAAAGGCUUUGUGUUUGGAGGCAGAUACCGAGAUGCUAGAAUGAAUGAUCUUCACUAUCUUAAUCUGGAUACAUGGGAGUGGAAUGAAUUAAUUCCACAAGGCAUAUGCCCAGUUGGCCGAUCUUGGCACUCACUAACACCAGUUUCUUCAGAUCAUCUUUUUCUCUUUGGAGGAUUUACCACUGAUAAACAGCCACUAAGUGAUGCCUGGACUUACUGCAUCAGUAAAAAUGAAUGGAUACAGUUUAAUCAUCCAUAUGCUGAAAAACCAAGGUUAUGGCACACAGCUUGUGCCAGUGAUGAAGGAGAAGUAAUUGUUUUUGGUGGAUGUGCCAACAACCUGCUUGUCCAUCACAGAGCUGCACACAGUAAUGAAAUACUAAUAUUUUCAGUUCAACCAAAAUCUCUUGUACGGCUAAGUUUAGAAGCAGUCAUUUGUUUUAAAGAAAUGUUAGCCAACUCAUGGAACUGCCUUCCAAAACACUUACUUAACAGUGUUAAUCAGAGGUUUGGUAGUAACAACACUUCUGGAUCUUAAGGCUUCAUAAAUAAUGCCUCUGAUCACCUUGCAUGGACAGCAAUCCUGUAAACAUCACAGAGUUGGCAUCAUUUGUAUAAUUAUAUGCAUUGUUGUAGUUUGCAACUUUUGGUUUUAAUGUGCAUGUGAAUGGCCUAGAGACCCUAUUUUUGUGUCUAAAGUUUACAAUAAAUGUAUUUAACACCAGUAGCUGUCCUCUAUUAUAAAGUAAAAGAAAAGUAAUGGUUGGGCUUUUUACCC